AUGUCCCCUCCUCAAGACGACGGGCGUGAAGCUCCCCCAGCAGCCCUACAAAUGCUACAACUGUCAGAACAGGCUUUCGGGCUCGAACCUUCGGCCUGUAUCGUCACGAGGAUGCUCCUCUUCGUCGACUGGAAGCUUAGAUUCCAACUCAUCGGGCUCCUCUAUCACGCCACCGUCCUCUCCGAUGUCUCGAGUACCUUCCAAGGUCGCCGCCCCUCUUCCAGGAGUAGCUCGACAGCCUGCAGAAUGUGGGGAGUUAGGACACAGAUUCAGUCGAUCAACAUCAUUCUCCUCCAAGGGAUUUCGUUUCUCGUGUACCUCAUCUUCGCACUACCCGACGCCCCAUUACAUGGGCUUGCCGACGUAUCUACCUCACCAGGAUCACCCUUGUCCGCCUUGUCAAUUGGAAGAAUUCCGCAUGAAGGCAGACAGAGACGCCAUUGCAUCGGCACGGGCGCAAUAUCCUCACCUCACAUGCGAGAUGCUGGUAAGAGAUGGGCGAAGGUGGGAAGAGUGGCAGACUAA